CACCUCUUUCCACGGAUGGCCAACGUUGGCCCAUCCUCGAUUCGUCUCUCCCGCAAGGCCGCAAACCUCGCCUCCUUCCGGAAAAACAGCGUCAUCAAAACCGUCUCCUCAGUCAAUCCACCUAGCACGCCUACACAGCGCCCGCCGCCCCUCCCAUCGGCACACCGCCCCGGCUCCCUUGUCAACGCUCCGCAGUCGCGUAAUCGUAAUCGACGCGGAGGCGGACACCAGCGUGAGGAAGACGAGUUGGGUUCCCCGCCCACGACCACCCCGAUUGCGGCUGAGGCGGGCGAGGAUCUGGCUCCGGAGGAGGAUGACGGACUCUGGUGUACACCUUCGUCCUUUGCCGCCACCACCUCCGCGGCCCGCCGCCGCCUGGUCCACCCACCCCCGCACGCUCACCACCAACGCCGCCCGCUGCCCACCAGCGCUUCGCCCUGCCAAAGCCCGCACAACCUCGCCCCACCGCUUCCGCCCAUCUACGCCUGGCCCAGAUCGCGUACCGCACCGCGCGCUCCGUUCGCCGCCCGCACCAGAUCGUCACCAUCGCGCGCGGACGGCCGGUCCGGGGACCCGAGAGCGGAUUCGAAGGUUGACCCGCUCUCUCCCCCUUGCACCAUUCGACAUGGCGGCGCUCGAGCCCGAGACUCCCGCAGCUACCACUGCAAAUCGCGCAUCCGGCAGCGCGCCGCGUGGCGUCAUCCUUGGGCGAACGCUAGCACUCGAGCAGUUCGCAUGCCGACGAAGAGGCCGCCUGGAGCGAGCCCACUGAGGGCUCUGGUGGAGGUCGACGGAUUUGUCUGCUUGCUCGCUCACCUCUACCAAUUCGAUCCCCAUUCAAUCCUCGAUUUUUUUUAUCCUCAAUUCAUGUCGCUGCCGAUGGUCGCCGCCAGAAGUUAUUCUUUGCCGCUAAUCUUAUGCUCGCGGACCUCCUUUGCCCCAGGCUCCCAUCCUAACCACGGACUGGUUGGAUUUAAUUUGGGUUCCUAUCAAUGUCUUCAUCGUUCCCAGCAUGAGCAAAUGGGAGAAGUUCAUGUGCGGCGCUACUGUGAGAGGACAAGAAAAAUCUUUUAUGGGACAAUUGCAAUCUGUGGAGAGACGUGCACCAUUAACCAUCAGCUUUAACCUACACUGUUCUAGAACGGUGGCUGCUGUUGAGGAGGCAACGCAGAGGAGGUGGAGUAGGCCGGCCCCUUCUCCUCAAUCGAGGAUGCGAUGGUGCCCUCCCGGGAUCAGCAGAAUGUGUGAUGCACCCCAGUCCCCAGCCCCGCGCGCCCAAACCUCUCGGGAUCAGCAGGGAUAGAGGCAACAACCAGAACACCACAACCUCGAUCUUCGCGAUCGCGGCAGCGACGACCAACGAUCCAUCUUGGCACAGGGAUUGUCGACUCACCUCGGCUUAUCAAGGUUUGGCACUUUGGCCUUACAGAGACCCUCCGGCAACCCGCGACACAAUUUUGGCAUGACGUCGGCUCCAAUUAUGGCAAAGAAUUGACGCAUAAACCCAAACCCUCCCUCCCCUGUGGCGAAUCGUCUCAGCAUCGUCCUUCGAUGCAAACGCAUCACUGUGAGCCAGGGUUUUGGGGGACCCGCGGACCAGAGCAAAUGUGGAUUCGGAGGGAGACGUGGGUGGCCAGAUGGAAGCACGACAGUAAGAGCAUCCCAGCCGUUGGGCUCGCCAGGCCGAAAUCCGGCAUUAUUUAGCACCGGAUGAUGUAUUUUUUUUGUGCCUGGGGAGGCUCAUUUUCCCAGCGACGAGCCCAUGGUCGCCUUCUGACGCGCACCCACCGCGUGCAUAGCGACGGUGCAGUCGCCGGGAAGGGCAACCGUCGGAGUGCCCUUGACGCAUUGAACCGCCGUAAUGGUUCGCGAAGUGGUCUGGCGAGCCCAAACGCCUCGUCGGGAACGGUAGAAGUGGCCUCGACGCGAGAAUCGCCGUAAUGGAGCACGAACUCCGCGGAAGAGCAACCGCCGCUCUCUUCGUCGAGAUACCUACAUAUACGGUUUUCGACGGCCGACGCCAUUCAUCUAUUCUCUCCUCUGUCAACCAUGAGCGAUCUCUCUUGGCCAUCGGACACCGACAGCGAGGGGAAGCCGCCUGGAUGGCGCCAUUGGUGGGAUCAAGCAGCAUCGUCCAGCAGCGACGAUUCCCCCCCGCCAGCCAGCGAGGACGAAUGGGAUGACGAGGAGGAGGACGAAGAGGCCGAGGAGCAGGCCGAGGAAGAGGCCGAGGAGGAGGAGGAGGAGGAGGAGGAGGAAGAGGUUGAGGACGCUGACGACGAGGAGGACUCAACUUCCUCCGACGAGGAGGUGACGAGCCGGAAGUGUCGCCGCCACGACGAUGAGGCGGGGCCAUCUAGGAAGAAGAAGUAGUUUAAGUUUGUUUUAGAGUUUUUAUAUGUAAUUUUUAUGUUUAUUCGAAUUAUAUAUAAUUUUUCUAUGUUACACCACUUGAGAGUUCAAAGCUUUCGUUCGACGAGGGUAUUGCCGUAGAUCGGGAAGACGAGGGUAUUGCCGUAGAAACCCAGGCCAUUGUCGCCGACAGGUCGGGGCCACCAGAUGGAGGCAACAUAGAAUUGUUUGUUCUCAGUUGGAAGGUGUAAAGGCGACAAGCAGAGGCCACCUAGAGCGCUGCCAGGGCGCCUGCUAUCUUUUUUCUAGAGAAUGAGAUGUACAUCAGUUUGACACCCUAGAAUCACAAAACAGGGCAGUACUUGGAGAGCAGUCAGUUCGUGUGUUCUCAAUGUUCCAGGAGACAUCACAUUUAUUUUGGAUAGUCAAGUGCCCAGGAGACAUCACAUUUAUUUUGGAUAGUCAAGUGCCUUGGAAGUACUCAGGCUGAAAAAAGAAGAGAUAAUACUUCUAUAUCCCCGAUUCCUCCUUAAGAAACUGUUUGUUGUGGGGAAUUGCAGCGUACAUCAUACUUUGUUGGAUUUUUUUAUAUAAAAAUAGGAUGACACAUUACCUCAUCACAGCCAUCUGCGCUAGGUAUAACCAUCACUUUUAGUUGUGGAAGUCCCUGUUUAGUCUGUCCAUUUUUACACAAAGGAUACAUUUUGCUGCAAUAUGAAUAGGCUAUAUAUUGACGAAUUGCCUAUCCUAGGAUCACUUUUGAGAUAUUCAUGUAUUUAUGAAGGAAGAGAUACACGUUGAUUGAAUCAACUUUGUGUUGUCACACCUAUAUUUAGAAAGCAAUUAUUUAAAUAUAGUUUAGUGGUGGAAGCAUCAUUUUUCCUUGCUGGACAUUAUAUUGCUUGUAAGCUACAGAUAAUUUUCUGCUCUUGAGAAAUUUUAUGAUGCCGGCACUUGCUGACUGCCUUUUUUCUGCUGGCAGGGAUGUGCCCUCUUCUCCAUCUCUGCAUGACGCAUCGGUGAGUUUGUCUGGCGGCCACCAGCGGGUUGUCGUGUGCAAAGGAUAUGCAGAGGUGAUGACCGUGAUGGCUCAAAGCACGCCACCAUGACCAGAUCGUUUCUCCACAACAGCAAGGCAGAUAAUGCUUUAGCCCCAUUGGCUCUGGUUUUAAUUUAGUUGGUAUGGUUGGCUAUGGUUUUAAGCUCUCCAAAGGUAUGGUCUUCUUUUGUUAUAUAUUGUUGUUUGCUUCUUUAGUCUUUCAUUGUCUGAGCUAGGCCUAUGUUACUGCUUAAAUAAAACUUAGGUGCUGGUCUUUGGACCAUUUAUAGUGCUGAGGUGCACUUAUUGCACUUAAUAUUCAAAUGCUUAUGAAUUGCGAUUUCUUGUUUUUUGUAUGCAUUUUCCUUACUGGAGAGCUUAAGCGCAGACAGUUUUCCAGAUCGUGCCCUUUGUUUAGCUGCUUGAGAUGAUCCCUUUCAGUCUAUCCUAUUUUAAUUAAGAAGCUCAAUAAAACUAGGAUCUUCGAAAUUUCAAUAAUCAGUUGAGGCAUUAUAGUCUAGGUUUAUAUAUUUUGUAAUUUUUUGCUACAUUGCAUUCAUAAGUAUGCAGAUUCAAGUGGCUGACCUACUAGCUACUAGCAGAAUUUUUGGCUUGUGCAGAUUUGUUCCAAUAACAUGCUAGCUAGGUUUGCAUAAACUAACUUCCAUAUUCUUAUAUUGAUAUGUUGGGACGGUUCCUUGAUGUGAUUUUAUGUAUUUAAGGUGUCCAAUUCCAAAGCAUUCACUUAAUUUAGCCUCUUUAAAGAGGCCUGGAGCUUGCUUGCUUUUGGUAUCUCCAGUUCACAUCUGCACUGGAGUAGCUGGAGUAGCUGAGAAAGUUACUGGCAUUUUUCUAUUUCCCCUGAGAUGGUGCCUAGAAAUGACUAGAUUAAGAUAAUGAUCGAUGACUAUUUAUAUAGUCAUUAUCCCAUCAUGUGUUAACACUAAACAUCUCAUCUAAUAUCUUUAUGAUAACAAAGUUUAUUACAAGGUUUACACCUACCUGUCAAUCAUUGAAGCUGUGAAUUGGAGCAAGCUGACACUAUUGUGGAUAUAUAUUGUGCAAACACAUAGGUAUUGUAUGAGGUUCCAUUAUUGCUGACUGAUGUUCCAUCUACUUUCAAUUCAUUAGAUGAUGUGCAAUGAAAAAAACACUUGUGAACCAUGCUAUUAUGGUGCUUCACCUUCGCCUCCACUUCGCAACACUUUUUUGCUUUGUACAUUAUCUACCGUAUGGGAGCAUGGCUGAUUGCGCUGGUUUACGAAUGGGCAUGUACGGAAAGCUGCUUUCAGUCAAUAAAGAACUUGUGUUACCCCAGACCAAGCUCAAGGACGCGGAUAGAGUUGAAGUGAGGUUUUCUCCACAUAUUACCUGAGAUAAUUUACAAGUUGGCUACUACCUCCUGAGUUUGUGCAUAAUGAGACCGUGUUGUAGUAACUUGUGCCGCAAAUAUGACUUUUGAUGCAAUAAAUUCAAGUUUAUCCACCGUCUGCUUCAUUUUAAUCA